UUUUGCGCGAAGGUGCAGAUGUUGGCGGUCUGAGUCUGAAAAGAGAAGAAGAAGAAGGAGGUCUGCUCUUCACGCUGAGGCACUAGACGAGAUAUAAAGAGGCAAUAUGUCUGCUGAAAUGGAAACCUGUGGAGACAUCCAAGUGAAGGAGCUGAGCAAGCGCGCCUCUGGCCAGGCAUUCGAGGUCAUCCUGAGUCCCGUAACGCCAGAUGCCAAAAGCGAAUUUCCUUUGUCCCCUCUUAGGAAGAAGGAAACAUCACUGGAUGAGAUCAAGAAGAAACUGGAAGCUGCAGACGAGAGGCGCAAGAGCCAGAAGGCUGAAGUGCUGAAACACUUAGCUGAGAAACGAGAGCACGAGAAGGAGGUCAUCCAGAAGGCCAUAGAAGAAGACUGCAACUUUAGCAAGAUGUCACAAGAGAAACUCAACCAAAAAAUGGAGGCAAACAAAGAGAACCGCACGGCACGGAUGGUGGCUCUCAAUGAGAAAUUCAAGGAGAAGGACAAGAAGCUCGAAGAAGUGAGGAGGAACAAGGAGGCGAUGAAAGUGGUGGAGAAUUAAUUCGUUUGCUGGAAAAAACAGUUUUUACAUUUCCAAAGAUAAGCUUUAUUUUUUUUAACUGACACUUCCAAGGAAUUGUUUGUGUUAGUUCUGAUUAUGCUGUUGAUUAAAGUUGGUUACACUGUUAGAUUAGGUGUGGAUAUUAUCUGACUUUUCUUUGCUCGAAGAUUUCUUAUUGGCAGCUGAUAAGACUAGUUUUUGUGGUACAAAUUCUAUUUUUUCUCAUUAACUGGUCCAUGCUUCAUACUGUUAAAAUGCAUCAAAUGAUGGUGUUCUGUGCUAUUGAUAAUCUUGCAUGUUUUGGAUACUGUACAAUAUCAAAAGUUCUGUUAUUAAACUCCAUAAACACAAUUUAA